UAAACACGACUACACUUCAACGUCCGUCCGUGAGAGUCACGGUGGACGGAAUUUUACCGAAGAGAAAACGCCUCUUAUCCGUCUUCUAAGUUAUGCAGUAAAGAUUAGCAAUGGAUUUUUAUAUCAAUUUAAAGGUGAAUUUCAGGGGAAAUUCCAAAAAUUUCCUCCUGUCGGGAUCCGAAACCAAGAGCUGGGAGUCGGUGGAGGCCACGGUGAAGCGCUCCUUUGGCCUGUGCAGCCUUCAACUAACUUAUUUUGACGAAGAAAAUGAAGAGGUUUCCAUAAACAGUCAAGCGGAGUAUGAGGAGGCCCUGAAGAGUGCAGCACGGCAGGGUAACCGGCUGCACAUGAACGUCUACGAGACCCGAGGACAGCCGACCAAGAUCCCCAGCAGCAAGGCCAGUGGAGCUGAGCCAAAGCGAGGGUUCAGACCCCCGCAGCACUGCCCCACGUUGGCCCAGGUCGUCAGUCGCAAGGUCCAGGCAGCAGUGCCGGAGCAGGGCAUGGUGAUAAUGAAGGAGAUGAAAGGGACCAAGGAAGAAGAUAAGACUCCUCCAGCGUGGUUCACCUCCUACAUGGAGAAGUUUAAGGACCAGGUGGUGCGUGAGGCGGUGGAGAAGAUCUGCAGGGAGUUCUCCGGUCAGUGCUGCAUCCACAAGCCCCUGGGAGGAGGAGGAGGAGGGGCUGCAGGUGGAGCUGGGGGAGGUAGAGGAGAAGCUGUAGGUGGAGGAGAGGGGCAGCAGGUCCCUGAGGUGUCCUCCACUCUGCCUGGAGCACCUUCCUCCUCCACUCCUCCCUGCUCCUCCUGCAGGGGGCAGACCACCGGAGGAGGCUAUCAGUGCAGUGUGUGCACUUCCUGCACCCUGUGUGAGCCCUGCAGUUUUUCUCACGAUCCCAGUCACAACCUGGUGAGAGCCCGGACGCCUCUGUCUAUUCCUGAACACGGAUCACCCGCUCCUGACCACAGCAAGUUUUACAGGCGAGGUGACCGCAGUUUCCGAAAGGCGGAGAAGCAGCGGCUGAAAGCGGAGAAACGUCUUCUGAAGGCGGAGGUCAAGGAGAUUCGCAAGCAGCUGAGAAUGGAGCGGCGAGGGAUACAGUGGAGCUCCUCCCACAGAGAAGGAAGCUCCUCCCCCGUCCUGCUGCAGCCUCGAGCUUCGCAGCACAACAGCCCAGAGCGUCCAAAACGACCCUGUCCUCUUGUGGUUCCAACCAUGACGGCUGCAUUUCUGGAUGAGAACCUUCCCGAUGGAACCCGGCUCCGCCCUGGGACCAAGUUCAUUAAGUACUGGAAGAUGAGGAACACGGGAACAAUGAGCUGGAAUGCUGAAACCAAGCUAAAGUUCAUGUGGGGAAACCUGGCCGUCGGAUCUGGAGACCGUUGGAGAGAAGUCUCUGUUCCUUUCCUUCAGCCUGGACAGGUGGGGAUAGUGAGUGUAGCGCUGUGUGCUCCUGCGGUCGAAGGCUCCUACACCUCCCACUGGCGCCUGGCUCAUUCUGGAGAACAGUUUGGACCGAGGGUGUGGUGCAGCAUCGUGGUCGACCCUCUGGCUCCAGCACCAGUGAUGGCUGAUGGGAUACUGGUUUCACCGUGUGUCACUCCACAGGGUAAGAACCCAGCAGCCAAGGACGGGAAAACCUGUGCAACGUCCCAGGAGCAGACUUUAAUGUCGGUGGACCAGGAGGAGUACUACAUCCCGUCUGUGGACCUGCUCACGGCUCAGGACCUUCUGUCCUUUGAGUUGCUGGACAUCAACAUCGUCCAAGAACUGGAGAGUGUCCCGAACAACACCCCCGCUGACAUAACUCCAUGCAUUUCCCCUCUGCCUCAAGAUGGCCCCCUGCAGGAAAAGAGCAGUCCUCCCUUAGGUUUGAUCCAAGAAGAGACCGAAGCCAUCAACAGCAUUAUGGUCGGUCACCCUGCUGCUCAGGGCAGCUCCGCCUCUUCCUCCUCCUCGUCUUCCUCCUCCCCCUGUGUGAAAACUAAGACUAUGAAAGGAGCAGAGACGCCCGACUGUGACCCUGACAGCUCAAACCACGCCCUCAAACCACCCGCCACGUUGAAGGCCUCGCUCCCUUCUCCGCUGAAAGCCUCUCUGCCCGCUCCCAUGUCUGUGGCUCUGACCGCGGGUCCCGGCCCUAACUCUGCACCAACUCUGCUGCACCCUUCAGUGAGGUCGUCCACAGCAACAGCCAUGACAGUUCAGAGCAUCGGUGGGGAGACCAGAGCAAAGGAUGGUGGGAAAAAACCCGAGAAGGACAAGGAGAAGGAGGGUGAGGAAAAAAGAGAAGGGACGAGGAGUCGCUCCUCUUCCACCUCUUCUGAGGAUUACAUCAUCAUCCUCCCUGACUGCUUUGACACCAGUCGGCCACUGGGGGAGUCCAUGUACAGCUCUGCCAUGUCGCAGCCCGGUGACCUCGCCGCCAAAACCCCCACGGACCCAGACGCUUCACCGUCCGACUUGACCGACCACCCAGGUGACACCGUGACGUCUGCGGCGGCCGCCCACGGGGGGGGGGACGCGGCGGCUGCGGGACCAGCCACAGAGCUGUCAGGAACCAGCAGCGCCAACGACAUGCUGUGUACGUCUCAGACGCUGGACGACGAGCCGCUGACUCCCGAGGUAGUGACACCACCCAAGGCCGCCGUGCCACCGGGCUCAGAGAACAGCAGAGAAACUGCUGCUGACACUGAGGAAGGAGCUGAAGGAUCAGACUUGUAUCAAACUGAGGCUGCCUCUGGUCCUGAACGGACUCAGAGUGAUGAUGCUGAAGAUGCUGAGUGUACGGACGUCAACUCAGAUGAUCCCAGACAUCCUGGAAUCACCAGCGGUCUGGUCAAAGGAGCUCUGUCUGUAGCUGCCUCUGCCUACAAGGCUCUGUUCACUGGACAAGGCCCUACACAGCCUCCGGUGGAUGCUUCCACCCAAGACACCAUGAUGGCUGUGCUGGUGGAGAUGGGCUUCGGGGACCGGCCACUGAACCAACGGCUGCUGAAGAAACACAACUACAACCUGCUGGACGUAGUCAACGAGCUGGUGCAGCUGACGGACAACGACUGGUACUCCACACGUUACUGACGGGAGGGCGGAGUUAAGAGUGAGAGAGAGAUGAAGAGUAAAAAGACCACAGUGGAACGGAGAAUGUAAAUUUACUCAUCUGCUUCACACCCCCGUCAUUCUGCCCGUCUGAAAACAGGGUAAACAUUCCAGCUGUCUCUGGGCUCCAGCGUCACACCAUCAAACAUCUGCUUUUGUGUGGAGUGGUUUUUCAUGUCUGGCAGCGGCUGCUGUGUGGUGUCGGUGUCGGUGUCGUGACUGGAGAACAAACAGCACAACUACAGUCCCUGCCCUGGUCAUGUAACUCCUCCGUCUCUUACUGAAACCAAAAUGUGUUACCAAAUCUUUAAUUGUUGGGGAUGCAGGACAAAAUUUAAUCUAAGAAUCUAAGAAAAUAAAUUAUCUAUUUAUUUUAUUUGUGGUCAUUUUAUUUGGAUGAGAAAUAUUUUCUCAGAUUAAAUUUAUAAAGCAGGGGGAAAAUCUUUUUAAAAAAGAACUUUUGAAAUUGUUACCAUCCCCCAAAAAAAAAGCUACAGUGUGUGACUGAAGCAGCCGUGACUCGUCAUUCUGUAGUAACUACCUUCGGUGGCGUUAAAAUGCUGCCUCCUGCACCUUCUCCUGUCGUCAUGUGCACUGAGAGCGUAGGUCACAUUUGUGUGUUGUCAGCUCUGACACUCCCAAAAACAAUCAUGUCAUCCCCUGUAAGUGCAGCGAUUCUGCUUGGCAGCAUAUUAUGGGCCGUGACUAUGUAGCUAGUCCGUAAUCAAAGCUAAAAAUGUAUUUUUAUUUAAAUGUUAUUUAUGUGACAAACUUUAAAUUUUAUUGUAGUAACCAAAAUGACAUAUGAUAUAUCUACACACUGGAAAAUCAGUACUAAUCACUACUGUUGAGAAUAUUACAGUCAUCCUACUGUAUACUGUAUUAUAACCUACUGUGUGAUGCACAGGAGACCACUGGAAAUAAACACACACACAAAAAACA